UCGGCCCUCCACGUGAUGAUUUCCACUUUAAUAUUUUUAUUUUCAAAAAUUCAGCACGUUCAAAAUGAUAAUCCCAAGUGUAUAUCUGAAAGGAGGGACUCUAGUGGAUCCAAAGGAUGGGGAAAAAAUUGAAGAUGUAACAGGCUGCCUCGAUACAAUUUCUUUGUGCCCAGAGUUUACCAUCGUUUAUCUUGAUAAAGUCCAGGAGACAAAAGAAUUUGGAAAGAAAGUUAUGCAUAGGACCUCUUGUUGCGUAGAAAUUGAACUGAAUUCUGAAGACGAGGUCUUAGAUAUACUGGAUUCUGGUGCUAACAGUGUCAUCCUUAACAAAGAUCACCAACUGCAUAGCCUGGGAGAAUUUUUACCCAGAGAAAGGAUUGUCUGCAAAUUACCUGAUCAAGAGUGCUCUGUAGCUGAGUUGGCCGAAGAAAUCAAUGACCUAAAACACAGAUCUAGCACUUUUCUUUUGUGUCCUAAAAAAGCUUCCCUUGCUGAUGAAUCAUGCCUUGUCGAGUCUAUAAAGGAACUAAAGACCCACCUGUGUGACGAUGUGAAACUCAUACUAUCAAUCGAUGGGGUGAUUUUGUCCUCAACCAUCUCACAGCUUCACUUCCUCGGAGUUCAGGUUCAACUAAGUACAACUUGGUUGCUAAAUGAUCUCAGUCUUGGAGAGAUUAUCGCAUCCUGUCUUAAAAGUGACCGAUCUGAUGGACUCUACCCAACUCUUGUGACAGAUGAGCAUAAUAUUGCAUUAGGAUUGUGUUAUUCAAGUUCUGAGAGUAUUCAAGAAGCAGUGAAAACCAAGAAAGGGGUGUAUUUUUCAAGAAAACGAGGAUUAUGGAGGAAAGGGGAAACAUCUGGAAACCAACAGGAUUUAUUGCAAAUUCAUUUAGACUGUGAUUGUGAUACCCUGAAGUUUGUUGUACGUCAGCUUGGACAAGGAUUCUGCCACCUUAACACAUGGACUUGCUUUGGAGAUAACAAUGGUUUACCUUUACUGAUGAAUACAUUAAAGUCCCGCAAAGAGUCAGCUCCUCCAGGAUCCUACACAAGUCGCUUGUACAAUGACAGUAAACUGCUGCAUGCCAAGAUCCGUGAAGAGGCAGAGGAAUUGUGUGAAUCUGAAACAAAAGAGGAGAUUACUUGGGAAGCAGCUGAUGUUUUGUAUUUCACACUAGUGAAAUGUGCCAAGGCAGGAGUUUCUCUGAGUGAUAUUGAAAAAGUUCUGGAUCAAAGGUCACUCAAGGUUAGACGACGUCCUGGUAAUGCAAAACCUGGCAAAUUGUCUCCCUGUAAUGGCCAUUCUAUAACCAAGACAAAAGUACAUGCUCCUGCCCAAGCUAACUCAUCUACAGUCAGUGCACAAAACUCUGUUUUAAGAAGCUUUGAUUUUGAGCUUCUUAGUGAUAAGGAAUUACAAGAUCUUUGUAAACGUCCUGCAGUGGUUGACAAAGAGAAACUAGAAGCUAUUGUGGGACCGAUUUUGACCAAUGUGCGAACUUAUGGAGACAAGGCUUUGCUGGAAUUAACAGAAAGGUUUGAUAAAGCUAAGCUGAGUAGCCCUGUGAUCAACAUGUCUGCCACAGAUGAACCAGUUCUUGAUAAGGAGGUCAAAGAUGCAAUUGAUUUGGCUUACAACAACAUCUACAAAUUCCAUAAGGCACAACUUGACCUGGAGCCUCUUGUGGUAGAAACAUGCAAGGGUGUGGUGUGCUCUCGACAUGUUCGACCCAUUGAAAGAGUUGGCUUGUAUGUUCCUGGUGGUAGUGCUGUUUUGCCAUCAACUGCUCUUAUGCUGGGUAUUCCAGCCCAGGUAGCAGGGUGCAAAGAGGUUAUUCUGGCCACCCCACCCAAGCAGGAUGGUUCAGUUUCUCUUGAAAUCCUUUACAUUGCAAAGAAAGUUGGCGUCUCCAAAAUAUUACUAGCAGGUGGGGCUCAAGCGGUGGCAGCAAUGGCUUAUGGAACAGAAAGUGUUCCUAAAGUGGACAAACUGUGUGGUCCAGGGAACUCAUUUGUAACUAUGGCCAAAAUGUUGGUGCAAAAUGAUAGCUCAGCUUCUGUCAGUAUUGAUAUGCCUGCAGGACCAUCAGAAGUUAUGGUCAUUGCUGAUGCAAUUGCAGAUCCCUCAUUUGUGGCAGCUGAUCUGUUGUCCCAGGCAGAGCAUGGAACAGACAGUCAAGUGGUGUUGGUAGCUGUUAAUUUGAGUGAUAACCAGCUUGCCAUGAUUCAGAGUCAAGUGGAUGCUCAAGCAAAGAAACUGCCUCGGGAAAAAAUUGUCAGAGAGUCUCUCUCAAAGAGUUUUGUAAUAAAAGUGUCAAAUAUGAGUCAGGCUCUGUGCUUCAGUAACAAAUAUGCUCCAGAACAUCUCAUCAUUAACACAAAGAAUGCUGAAGAUUCUUUAAAAGAUAUACAGAAUGCAGGGUCUGUAUUUCUUGGGCCAUAUUCUUCAGAGAGUUGUGGAGACUAUGCAAGUGGUACAAACCACACCCUUCCAACAUAUGGCUAUGCACGCAUGUACAGUGGUGUAUCAACAGCAUCAUUCCAGAAACACAUCACAGCCCAGCAUGUAACAGAGGAGGGUUUGGCUAACAUUGGACCAGCAGUGGCAACACUUGCCGCUGUGGAGAAACUUGAUGCUCACCGUAAUGCAAUUUUGAUCAGGCAGAAACAGUUAAAUGUCUGAUUGUAGAAAUUUAUAGUGCCAUUUGAGAGUGUCAGUAUGAACUGUUACUUUUAUAAUCUAAAUAAAAUCAAUAAAAUAAGAUAAGUAUUUUCCUA